AACGCUGACUCGGACUCAGUGAGAUUCAUAUCGCCGACGCGACACAACGCCGCUCCGCUUUGUGAAACGUCUGUGCGAUCGCGAUUAUUAAAUUAUUUUUUAAAAGAAAAAUAAAAAAUACCUAGCAACUUCUAAUAUUAUUUUGAAUUAAAUAAACCUAAUAAUUUAAAUAUUGAACGGUAUAAAAUAUGAUAUUGGAACUUUGGAGCUAACGUAGCUCGUAAACUUUCUUCAGAAAUUAGUGCUGUGAACUUUAUGAUGAUGAUGGCUAGUGCGAAGUUGGUGAGGGACUGUAGUUCAGACCUCAGCUCUGAUGUACGGUCUCUGUCCGUGGCUUCUUCCACAGAGGAACAGGACUCCACCACCACAGAGUCCGAGUAUACCGAGGAAGAGAAGGAAUAUGAAUUAGAUGAUCUUCAAAUUUUGAAAACUAUUGGCACAGGGACGUUCGGGCGAGUGUGUCUGUGCAGAGACAAGGCUGCAGAUGAGUACCUAGCCAUGAAGAUCCUGUCCAUGGCUGACGUCAUCCGCAUGAAACAGGUCGACCACGUCAUGAACGAGAAGAAUAUCCUCGCCGAGAUCAACCACCCUUUCAUUGUUAACUUACGAUGGUGGACUCACGACGACUCCUGUAUUUACAUGCUGUUCGACUACGUGUGCGGUGGAGAGUUGUUCUCAUAUCUGAGGAACGCCGGGAGAUUUAGCAAUAGCAUCGGUAACUUCUAUGCAGCAGAAAUAGUUUCGGCAUUAGAGUAUCUUCACGCCAGGAACAUCGUGUACCGCGAUCUCAAGCCUGAAAACCUUCUGUUGGCCAAGGAUGGCCAUCUAAAAAUCACUGACUUCGGGUUCGCCAAGAAGCUGACUGACCGGACGUGGACGCUGUGUGGGACGCCGGAGUACCUCGCACCUGAGAUCAUCCAGAGCAAAGGCCACAACAAGGCAGUUGAUUGGUGGGCUUUAGGAGUCCUGAUUUAUGAGAUGCUGGUUGGCUACCCACCUUUCUAUGACGAUAAUCCGUUUGGAAUCUAUGAAAAAAUCCUAAAUGGACGAGUGGAGUGGCCCAGACACCUGGACCCUGUCGCUAAAGACAUCAUAAAAAAGUUGCUGGUCCAAGACAGAACGAAAAGGCUUGGAAACAUGAAGUGCGGCUCGGAGGACGUAAAACGGCACAGAUGGUUCAAACACAUAGACUGGGCAGACGUCUUUAUGAAAAAAUUGCAGCCGCCGAUAAUGCCCGCAGUAUCGUACGAAGGCGACACGUCCAACUUCGACGAGUACCCCGAGACGGACUGGAAGGCCGUGCGGUCGCUGGACCCCGAAGAACUCAAACUCUUCGCCAACUUCUGAUGGGCCAGACCGACCCACUGUGGAUAUAAUUAGAUACUCUAUUAUUAAGCCCGAACACAUAAGAUCAAUGCGCCACGGAGAACAUUGUUUAUCUUCAAAGUCGUCACUGGUCUAUGGCCUAAAAAUACCAUUUACGUCAUUGAUACUCGUUGCCGUCUCUCCAGCAUGGCUUCUGACAGCUCUUAAUUGUUUUAACUAUUUUAGGACCGCUGUUCAAGCGAGUCAUUUUCGUGUACAUUGGCGAUUGUAAAUAUUUUAUGGUAGAAUUAAUUACUUGCUGAGAUGGGAAUGUAUGAUUGGAAGAUUUGUAAUUAACCGUCCGAUGCUAAAUAAAAUAAUAUCUAAUUAAUAAAUAGAUAGUUUUUCCCAAUGGUUGAAGGUAAAAAAUACAAUUUAGAAAAAGAACUAUUAUUUUUGAAAUCUUUUGAAGCGUGAAAUUUUAGACUAUUGGUGUUAAGCAAGAAAUAGAAAACUGACGUAAUGGAUGAAAAUAUCCAGGAUUACAUUGACUGAAGUGAAAUGUUUAAAUUUUGGUUUUUGAUUAUCGAGAUUUAAAGUACAAUGUUUUUGGCGUAUUAUUUGUACCGGCAUUUUUACUGGGUUGCUCCAUGUUUGGGCAGAGGGUCGGUUGCUUUAUAUCGGGUUAAACCAGGGAUAAAUAACCAUAGGUUUGUUGAAGUCACGUGGUAGGUAUGAAUUUUGUCCAUACAAAGGCGAUUACCUGAUUGAAUAUAGGUAGCAGUCUGCGGUUUACAAUACUUGACCCCGUGGUCAAAAUUAGAAGCUUUUAAAAGUCAAUUAGUAAAGUAAUUUUAUUUAUUAUUGGAUAAGAUGUCCAAAUCGGCUGUACAGAAUAAAUAUUUAUACUGCGUAUUCUCUAAUACUGUGUGUACGGGCCACAGCAGGCUGAUGCAACUUUUCAAUAAGAUAAUGGUAUGAUUGUAUUGAUUGUGUUAACUCCAAGUGUAUGAAAUAGUCAAUAUUUGAGUCGUAAUAAAUGAAAAAUAAAUUAUUAAAAAUUUAUAUUAUUAUUGUAAAGUAUUUAUCAAAACAGUGAUAUGCAUUUAUUUAUUCAUUUGGAUUUUUAAUAUAGUUAGGCUAAUAUAUCUAUUGAAAAACAGGUCUGCAGGCCUACCAUAAACUUUUACUGAUCGAUUCAAAUGUAGCGCACUUUAAUUUUAGGACCUGAAAUGCCGAAAAAUGAUUCGGUUUCUUGGGUUAAUAUCAAUGUAAAAUACCUGAGUGUGAGGAAUCUAGCACAUCCAUAGCUCAUACAGCCUAUGGCAUAUAUGUAUAUGCAAAUAGCCUGUAUAUAAAGUCUAUGGAUCUGAUAAUAUAGCAGCCGUGUCUAUGUAAAUUAAUUAUACAUAUUAGAUAUUAUGUUUCAAAUACAAUAAAGUUGGAUGUUUGAUUAAAUAUAAUUUAGUAUAAUCACGCAACAUAAUUCCAAGGCUUUUUAGUGCAAAGUUUAUUAUGUAAGUUUAGCAUUAAUAUUAUGUGGACUACCCAUUUUGUGAUUUAUAUUGUUUUAGAUGUGCUCUUAGCUAACAUGUAUAAAUUACUUACGACGUUAUUUGAAUCCUGUCGUGUUUUUACACCACAGAACGAAUGCGUAUGCAGCAAUUAUUGUAUGGAAUGCACGCGUGCACCAAUUGCGUACGAGUAUAAUUUGUGCUGCAAACGCAUAGGAUCGUCAACAGCCUUAAAAGAAAAUUCAAUGUUAUUUAAUAACUUGUCAGUAAAAAUACAUGAAAUGUAUUUGAUUUUAAUUAUUACCUAUUUCACUUUACUAAUGUAAGCAUAUACAUACUUAUUUAUUUGUUAUAAUAGUUAUUUAUUGCGUGGAUUGCACUUUUGGUUUAAAAUUAUCUAAUAGAAGUGAUCGAACACAAAAUUUAGUAGAAAUGAUGUGUUUUCGUUAAAAAAUUUAGGUUUUGCACAAACUGCGCUCAGUUAUAACUAAUAUAAUAUAUACUAUAGAUAGCUCAAUUAAAAAUACAUUUAAAGGGCCAGUUCCUAUUGUUUCCUUGAAUUGAACAUUUCUUUUUGCUGUGCCACUAAAACCUUGAAAGCCUUUCGAAAGUACGUAUCCAUUUGUGGACUCGUGAUAGGUACUAAAGAAAACAGCCCCAUGAAUUAGAGGGUUUAUCUUUGAGUAAAAACACAACACACAAGCAGAAUACAACUUAUAAUCACAUUUUUUGUAGCAAAUAUCGUCAAACGGCCAUAUAUUACUUAUAGUCUGUGAUCGGUUGAGUUUGUCAAGGCAAAGAUUUAGCAUCACACUUUUCACUGAGAAUAUCUCGUGUCAUAUGCACUUCGUUAUAGUUUAUUUAUAACAGGGUUGUAAAUGGUAAUUUACUAAGUAAUUAAUUUGUAAAUACACGAAAAUAAAUGUCUUGUAUAAAUUUA